GAGUGUGCGCUGGAGGUGUGGCGGGGAUGUGGUGCCGCGGAGUGGAGGAUGGCUGGGGUCUAAGCUGACUCGCUUAUGCUGGCUGAGCAUGGAGGCUCUGAAAGAGGAUAUCAAGUUCAUCGUGGACGAGACCUUGGACUUCGGAGGGCUGUCCCCAUCCGACAGCCAUGAGGAAGAAGAUAUAACAGUAUUAGUGAGUCCAGAGAAACCACUUCGACGGGGCCUCGCCCAUCGGAGUAACCCGAAUGAAGUAGCUCCAGCCCUCCAGGGUGUUCGGUUCAGCUUGGGCCCACUCAGCCCAGAGAAACUGGAGGAAAUCCUCGAUGAAGCCAACCGCCUGGCAGCUCAGCUGGAGGAGUGUGCCCUGAAAGAUCGGGAGAGGGCUGGUACAGGCCCUGGAAGGCCCAGCCCCAGAGGGAAGCCCAGCCCUCGGCGGGAGACCUUCGUCCUGAAGGACAGCCCUGUACGAGAUCUGCUGCCCACUGUGAGUUCUUGGAGCACCCCACCUCCAAGCAGCCUAACCGGGCUCCGGAGCAGUGAUAAAAAGGGGUCAGCCAGGCCUGUCCGGGUGGCAUCUGGAAAGAAGCCCUCCAGCAUAAAGAAGGAAUCACCCACGUGCAAUCUGUUCCCUGCAUCCAAAAGCCCAGGGCGCUCUCCUCUUGCACAACCAACUCUUCCACCUCGGCGGAAGGCUGGGUCCGGUGCCCGGACAACAGCAAGCCCACCAAUUCCUGUCAGACCAGUUCUACAGUCCUCAGCUAGCAACUCCCAAGGUUCAUCCCGGCUCCAGGGAGCAACUGCCAAGUCUUCCAGUCGACUCCCCGUCCCCUCAGCCAUCCCCAAGCCUGCCACCCGAGUGCCACUCACUGGGCGGAGUAUACUACCUGGAAAAGGUGCCCUAGCUCCAGAUUCUCUCUCAACUCAGAAAGGGCACCCAAGUGCCAUAGGGCACAGAGCCUCUGUUUCCCAGAAAGCAACCCUUCCAACCACCACCAGUGCCGCUCGAGGCAGGAUGCAGCCCCUCAGGAAAGCUGCAGUCCCUGGGCUGACUAGGUAAGAAGAGCAGGGCAGCAAACAAAGACUCAAUAGCAAGCCACUACCAUCUUAGCCAUCAAAGUCUGGACUCUCCUCUGCCAGCGGUCCCUAACUCCUGUAGCUCUGUGCCCAGAGAUGGGAGGAAGAGAUGACCUCCGGGGCUGACCUCUGAAGUAGAGACUAUGGAGGAUCGGGUACCUUGAGCUUGAGGAGACUCAACCCCACCCUACCCUGCCCUGAAAGAAGACGAGAGGGGCAGAGGUCAUCUGCCCGUGGAGAAAUUCACAAACAAGAUAAUAAAUGCAGGCAGAGUGACCUGUCUGUCUCCUUCCACCUUGUGGUCAGGACUAGAGAGCUUGAUCUUCUGCCCGGACCACGGUUCACUGGCCAUUCCCAUACGAGCGGCCUCAGGAGCCGGCCGGCUCAGUUCUCUAGGAUAGGUCUUCCUGACUUGUUCCUACACUAGAUUCUGGUCUGUUUGGCAAGGCCAGGAGGACAGCUGAUGUGCAGAACUUGUUUCCUAUGAAUUCUAUGACUUCUCACAGGCCAAUCAAUUAUAAGCUUACUCACAUCUUCAUAUUUUUUCUUAAAUAAAUGAAUUAAAAAAAUUUUUUUUUCUGUAUAUCUGAAAGUAGAUUUUAACAGUUUUAAGAUAAACAUCUGUGUGAUUCU